UGUCAAUACGUUGAGCGUUCAUAUUUUUGUGUUUACCGGAAUAGGUUGUAUGCUUAUAGUUUCUACGAACGAACAGCUAAGGCCUACCCGGUAAUGACGGAUGGAUCGGGGAUAUGGCUCAUUCGAUUAUGGCCGAUGUUCUCCUCAGUUUGGACCUGCACACCCAAGCGAAAACGAAAUGGAUCUGCACACUGUGGCAUCAGCUUUUAUCCGACCGCCGCUCCAGCGGACAUCUUAUCAUCGACAGCUCGAUACUGCAGCCGAAAAAUUUAAUCUACUUCAUGCUUUCCUGCCACAACUUGUACAAAUUCAGCUGGGCCUUGGAUAUGGCUCUAACCACGGACACCAAGAGCCUCACUUUGCUCGAUGACCUCCAGUUCACAAACUUGACCGUGGUGAAAAAAACACUGGUAACGCUACUGACCAUCAGGGAUAUUCAGCUGGACUACAUCGUAAUCAAAAAUGGAUUUUCAUUUGAUGGUGUUACGAUCAACCCUGAUAUGUACUUCUUGCCGGAACCUGUCGGUCAGCAUAUGGAUCGUUUGUGGAAAUGUUCCAUUUUGACCACACUCAGCACCGUUUGUCGGCAUCUGGUUCUGCGGAAUUUUACGGUGCGCGAUUUUACCCAUUACAUGAAAUCCCGCUUCAUGUACAGCGAAUUUCCACGGGACAGAGUUCCUUUACACUGUCGCCGGGAAAUGCCACUUACGAUCCCGUAUCUAAUAUUGCAUUCCAGUGAUGGUGAUGGCGGGAUUUUCCGUAAGUUUUUAUUGGCGGCGGAGAUGAACCAUCCUCCGAUUGGUGCUACAGUGUACGAUAGCGUCCGCUCCAUCCAUCGACGGUGGGUGGACAAUCUGGCGUAUCCCAACGAGUGGCGUGCUAUUCGACAUCUCUUGCAGCUGUACUGUGGCUUUCUACUUGAUGGCAGUGACCGUGGUUGGGUGGAUGUUGAUCUGAGGCAGGUGGAUGUGUCCACUCUUACGAAGUACCAGAGCCGAUUGCGCUUUUGGCUGGAUGACAAUAAUAAUCAAUAA